AUGAAUGGCGAUAUUACAAUGAUACACGAUGCAGCGGCAGUUUCUACUGUCGACAAUAGCAUAUGGCCAGUACACAUCGAGGUUCGCUUGGUGCAGCGGACUUCGAUGCCAUUUGACAGUAUCAGAAAGCUCGUCCAUCAGUACCUAAGCAAUAAUAAUGUGUCUUUAUUCAUGCCUUCGGUUCUGUCUGGAUGGGAAAGUUCUUCCAUCUUGCGCGAUAGCGUCGAGAAGAUUACAGUGUCCGAAAGCGCAUGCUCGUAUCAGUCUCUUCCAAUUGAAAGAUGCUCGCUACAAAUACACGUAUACCAGCCAAAGAAAGACUCAGCAUACGAAAAACUGUCGAUGAAUCCUUCGGAUGCCAAUGAAGAGUACACAGCAGGAUCUGUAUCAGAACUCCCAAGUAAUGAACUGGAGGGUCUUUGGGAGAGUCUGUUCUACGAUGGCGAUGUGAAAUCUCGCCUCCUCAAUUAUAUUUAUGCGACAAUCGGCUUCAGUGAUGCUGACGUAGAUCACAAUCUGGUGUCCUGGAACCGUGUUAUUUUACUCCAUGGUCCUCCUGGAACUGGAAAGACAUCCCUGUGCAGAGCACUUGCCCAAAAACUCAGUAUUCGCCUCAAAGAUAGAUACUCUAAUACAUACCUCUUUGAAAUCAACUCCCACUCGCUUUUCUCAAGGUGGUUCUCCGAAUCUGGAAAGCUUGUGCAGAAUCUCUUUUCUACUGUAACCGAGAUGGCAAAGGAAGAGGACGAUUUUGUCGUCUUGUUAAUUGAUGAGAUUGAAUCACUAACGUCAGCGCGUUCAAAUGCCUUGUCCGGGAAUGAGCCUAGUGAUGCACUGCGUGUCGUCAAUGCACUUCUCACGCAAAUCGAUCGAUUAAAAUAUCAGAAAAAUGUGCUCAUAAUGGCCACAAGCAAUUUGGCUAAAGCGAUCGAUUCUGCAUUCAUUGAUCGUGCUGAUGUUAUGCAAUACAUCGAUUACCCUCCGGCUAUAGCGAUCUAUGACAUCCUUCGUAGUUGUCUUCUGGAAUUGAUGUCGAAGGGUGUAAUCGAGGAAUUGGAUGUGCCUACCGCCGCAGACGCCAUCCUCGCAUACAAGGUCAAUGAGGAUGACCCGAAUACGACAGGCGUUCAGGAUGCUGUCCAAAAUCUCCAAGACUUAUCCCUCGGGAUGAUUCAUGAUAGCAAAGAGCUGUCCCGCUUUCUGGGUUCUCGUCUAUACGACAUAGCGGAGAAGUGCAAGGGAAUGUCUGGACGGUCUUUACGGCGUCUACCCGUAUUGGCCCAUGCUCGAUACAUCGGCUUAACGCCUAUGUCAAAACCCCGCAGCAAACCCAAUGGCGCUUCUGGUGAUAAGGCAAGACCCCAAACAGUACGAUCAUCCUCUGCAAAAAUUCCGCCAACGAGCAUCAAGACGUGGCUUAAUGCAAUGAAAAAGGUCGUCGAUGACGAAACGAGCAAUCGCCAACGCUUUCAGUGCUGAGUGAACUUCACGGACUAACUGUCACUUAACAAGACUUUCGAUAUUGACAUUCAAGCACGCUCCACUAAGUUGUAAUACUAAAAUUCCCUGUCUCUGCAAUUUGCUAUCGUUAUGACAAUGAAACGUCGGACAAAUACACAGAUGUGAAUUAGAUGCAAU